AUGUUUAAGAAGAAUUACGACCAUCUUCCAAAGGACACAUAUUUUGGCACAUACAAAGAUUCUGUGCGCGGAAAUCCGAACUAUUUCCUGACUUACGGAAAUGGAAAAUCAGUUGCACGGGUACAAGAUCACCUUCGGCCUAACGGUGCACACAGAUGGCACAAUUAUAUGAAAACCCCAAAUGAAAUCAAAUUGGAAGAAGCUGCUGUUUUACAUUACACAUACGCCAAAUUCUCUGAUUUAACUUCUAGACGUGAUCGUUGUGGUUGCAAACCUACCAAAGAAGAUGUCAAAAGAUGCUUCAUGUUGGAAUUUGACAGAUCUGCAUUCAUCAUUGCUUCAACAGCAACUGAAGAAGAAAUGUUGAAGUGGUAUAAUGAGCAUGUUGUGUGGGGUGAUAAAGAGUUGAAGAUAAAACUGUUGAGGAAAGGAAUAUUGACCGGCAUAUACGCUCCCACGGUCAUAAUACAAAGUUUGAGGGAAUCCGGAGUAUUCAGCUCCAUCAUUGCAUCGGCGCCAACACUUUCCAAAGACAAGUUCUUGCAUUCAAUUGAUAGUAGCAAUUCAACAAGAGCUGUUGCCUCUAUAUUCCACUCAUCCAGAAAAGUUGGAAGAAUCAAAGAAUCUCAAGCAACUGCAAGGAGGAUUCUGGAUCUUGAAUCUUCUGUAUUUCAAGAAUCGGCCGUACCACCGGAGUCUCCUCCGGGUGUAGUAGAAGAUAGUAACCUCAUUUCACACUCAUGA